AUGGCCUUGGUAUCAGGGCCUGGCAGAGCGGGAGGCGCUACUUCUGACCAAGAAUUACACACCCAGAAACACAUCACUUACAUCACCAAGCUGGACACUGUGCGUGCCUCUUUUCAGUCUUACUUCGAGGCAUUCAUUGACUAUGAGCUGGAGUACUGGCUGACAGAGCACCUGCGUCUGAAUGGUGUCUACUGGGGGUUAACUGCCCUUCAUUUACUGGGCGCACCCGAAGCUCUACCCAGGCAAAGUACUAUUGACUUUGUACUCUCUUGCCAAAAGGAGAAUGGGGGAUUCGGUGCUGCCCCAGGCCACGAUGCCCAUAUGCUCUAUACAGUAUCAGCAGUGCAAAUUCUUGUCACUGUGGAUGCACUGGAUGAGCUAGAGGCCAAGGGCAAAGGCGCUCAGAAUGGUAAAGGUGGUAUUCAAAAAGUGGGCUCUUUCAUUGCCAGCUUGCAGAACGAAGAGGGUUGUUUCAUGGGCGACGAGUGGGGUGAAACUGACACUCGAUUCCUCUAUGGUGCUCUGAAUGCUCUGUCUCUGCUGCGUCUGAUGGAUCUGGUCGAUGUACCUAAGGCCGUCAGUUAUGUCCAAAGCUGUGAGAACUUAGACGGAGCCUAUGGCGUAACUCCCGGGGCUGAGUCUCAUGCUGGUCAGGUCUUCACGUGUAUCGGAGCUCUGUCUAUUGCCGGUCGCUUGGACUUGAUCAACAAGGACCGAUUGGGAGCCUGGCUCAGCGAACGGCAGGUUGACAAGGGUGGCUUUAAUGGCCGUCCCGAAAAGUUACCUGAUUCCUGCUACGCUUGGUGGGUGGGAUCAAGUCUUGCUAUGAUUGAUCGGCUUCACUGGAUUGAUGGACAGAAGUUGGCUGGGUUUGUUCUGCAGUGUCAGGACCCCAAUGCAGGUGGCUUUGCCGAUCGACCUGGAAACAUGGUGGAUGUCUAUCAUACUCACUUUGGCCUGGCAGGCCUAAGUUUGCUAAAGUUCGAAGGGCUAGAGGAGAUAGAUCCCGUUUAG